AUGUUUGUCAAGCACUAAACAGAUUCGAACUCACCUAAUGAAGAACUAUUCCGACAGAGACUACUUCCCUAUCUCCUUAGUGGAGUUCCAGCACUUAGAGCAGGCGAAUUUUUGACCACUCCUAGCCAAUUUAUCUAACCAGGUCUUUGUUCGAUUCAGUAGCCUAGAUUUUCUACAGAGCAGCCGAAUCUUGUUCUAAAGCAGGCCAUGUUUUUACUACAUCCUGUUGCUAAGCACUCAAAGCAGAGUAGAUUGGAAGUUAAAAUUUAAGAAUUCCAUGCCAAAUAUAUCCAGCCAGCCCUUCCAGCCUUUAAUGACCGGAGAUUAAGAAUGUGA